AUGAUGCUCUCUUCCCCUCCCAUGACAGAAACACACCAUGUUCACCCGACGUCCUCCUUGUUUUCAUCUCUUCUCUUCCACGUCAACCUCCAACGUUCACGCCCACCACCAUCCAAUGCUGGUUCUAGUCUCCCUUUCUCAAGCCCAACUUGCCAGCACCCAAGGCUCUAA